AUGCCCUCCGUAUCUUUGACCCGUUAUGUCGAAUACGCACGCCGGAUUGCACAAACCGGACUGUUCUCAACAACUAUUUGCUGCCUGAUUCUUAUUAUUCUAACAAUUUUUGGUGUAAAACGAAACUUUGGCAGCUAUAAACACUUUUUAAUAGUUUUCCCAAGUUUGGGUAUACUUUUUGCCGUUCUUGAGUUCAUUUUGUAUCCGAAUGUGCAUUCUCACAAAGCUGGCUACGUAUUCUACAGUACCAGCCAUCCAUUCAAUUUGGGAAAAACCGCGGUCACUUGGAUGCUAGCAUUUUACAGCGGAGUUUACUCAUCAACGAUUUCCAUGCUAUCUGUUCAGUUUCUAUAUAGAUAUUGGGCCGUUUUUUGCACAACCAAGCUGCGGUAUUUCAAGGGAUGGAGGUUUGGCAUGUGGUUUUACUACGUUCUAAGUUAUGGAUUGAUGUGGGCAAUGGCAAAUUAUCAUUUUACAAAAGUCGACGACUAUGCUGAAAGCUAUAUGAAGCAGAUGAUGAUGGAGAGAUAUGGUGUUGAAUUUUCAAACAACGCCUGGAUAAUUUGUGUAGCUUACUAUCCAGAUGGGUCGCCUAGAUGGUGGAACCUGUUUUGUACCAUUACAAUGACAUUUAUAAUGGUGGUCCAGUAUAGUGUAAUUGUAUACUGCUCAAUUCGGAUGUAUAUUGACAUGGAAGACAAGAUUCAGAUUUUGUCACCUUCCUUGAGAGCACUACACAAGCAGUUCUUUAAAACACUGAUUCUUCAAGUUGUGACUCCUACUAUCACUUUGUUUUCCCCAGUAAUCUUCAUUAUCUAUCUCCCGUUAUUUGAUAUGGACUGGGAUAUUCCAACUGGUACAUUUUUGUGCGGUUUUACUUUAUACCCUGCUAUGGAUGCAAUAAUUGUACUCUAUGUUGUUCAAGACUAUCGAAAAGCUGUUAUGUACUUGCUCAGAAAGAUGGCCAUAGGGAUACGAGAAUGGUCAACUACAGCAACAAAUCGGCCAGCUACACGGUCUGGGUCUUUCAACGUUGCUGCAACUUUUCAUUGA